CAGUUCCAAUUAUCAUCAUUCCAUUGUAAGGCAUCCACUCUGUUCUCAUUCAUAGAUUCCCCCAAUCGUUUGGCUAAAGUUAAUUCUUCAACACGUGUCGAGUCAGAUCGUCAAGAAAGACAGCCUCAACCGGCAGUCGGUCUUCCCACUUCUACCCAUUCUUUCGCGCCAUUCGAGGCAUCGGAGAGCAAGCAGACUGUUUCACAGAGUGUUGGUGCCUUAACAGCUGCAAACCUUACCCAGAUGCAUGCCAUUCCGAAUGUGACCACUGCUUCUGGGCCGUCGGGUAUGAAUCAUCAAUCCUCCGGUGUCGGUGAAGAGGCGCCCGAAAUCCAAGUGUACAAGAAACGUUUCGGCUCGGAGAUUCUCUGCGCUGCUAUGUGGGGAGUUAAUCUAUUGAUUGGACUGGAAACCGGUCUUUCCCUAUUGGAUCGCAGUGGGGAAGGAAAAGUUUAUUCACUCAUCACCAGGCGUCGGUUUUCGCAAAUGGCUGUUCUUGAGGGACAGAAUAUUCUGGUCACCAUAUCGGGAAGAAAGAAUCGGCUGAGGGUUUAUUAUCUGUCCUGGUUGCGUAGCAAAAUUAUGAAAACCGAAGGCGUAAGUUGCGAUAAAAAGAACGGUUGGGUNGUAGGCGAAAAUUUGCAAGGCGCGGUACAUUUCAAAAUUGUGAAAUAUGAAAAAAUCAAAUUCCUCGUUGUCGCUCUCAGGGACUCCGUGGGCAUCUACGCUUGGGCUCCGCGGCCAUAUCACAAGUUCAUGGACUUCAAACGUUUUUCCGAUCUGGCCCAUCGUCCGUUAUUAGUUGACCUAACUGUAGAAGAGAAUCAGCGUCUAAAGGUGAUCUACGGUUCCUCGGCCGGUUUUCAUGCGAUCGAUCUGGAUUCGAACACCGUUUUUGAUCUGUAUAUCCCACCAACGACCAGUACGCAAAUCACUCCACACUGCAUCGUUGUACUGCCCAACACGGACGGCAUGCAGUUGUUGCUCUGUUAUGAUACUGAAGGUGUUUAUGUGGACACAAACGGCAAGCUGACUAAGAAUGUGGUGAUCCAAUGGGGUGAGGUGCCUACCUCGGUGGCCUAUAUCUCCACGGGUCAACUUCUUGGUUGGGGUCUCAAGGCGAUUGAGGUCCGAUCAGCUGAGACUGGUCAUUUGGACGGUGUAUUUAUGCACAAAAGGGAACAGAAAUUCAAAUUUCUUUGUGAGCGAAACGAUAAGGUGUUUUUCUCAAAUACAAGAUCUGGUCCUCCACAAGUGUCAAUGAUGACGUUGAGUGGCAUCCACUGGUGA